GUCGGUACCGUUUGGGUCAGUGUUUAGCAGCCGUCGAUAACGGAAAGAUGGGCAAAUUUCCGUACAUUACCGUCUAAAGCCGAGUGCGAGUUUCAAUGUUGCGUCGUCGUCGGUGCUGCUGGUGCUAGUUUGCUAGUUGCACUUUGCAAACCAGCUACUAACAGGUAGCAAUAGUGUGACCAUUCCCACCCAACUUCCCUCGGAGCUUUCCGGAGUCCGAUCGACCGGAAAGACCGCUUAGCUGAGCGCGAUAGGUACACGGUUGGCGUUGGGAGCAGCCACACCGUGUGUAGUUUUAGCAAAUAAAUAAGCGCUGUGAAUUUACGUGAAGUGAGAUCUUACCCCCUGACGUGGUUGGUAAUUUGUGAGCAGGAAAGCGAAGAUAGCAAGACGAAGCCACGUGUUAGUGGGCCUACGACGGAACGAUGACCACACGGAUAUUCAACAUCGUCGUCGUCGGGGAUGGUGCGGUCGGUAAGACCUGCCUGCUGCACGCCUACACGGAUAAGUCAUUCAAAAACUUCUACGAACCGACGAUAUACGAUAAGGAAUCAAUUGAAAUGAUACUCGAUGGGCAGAAGUACACCAUACAGCUGCACGAUACGGCCGGCCAGGAGGAGUACGACAAAAUCAGGCAGCAGUUUUACAAACGGGCAGAUUGUUUCCUCCUGUGCUACAGCAUCGACAACAGGGUGUCGUUCGAGAAUGCGUCCACAAAAUGGAUCCCGGAGAUCAAAACUAACCCGCCCGUCCCGAUCGUACUCCUCGGCACCAAGCUGGACAACCGCAAAGGGAAAAACAACGAAGUGUCGACGGGGGAGGGCGACCGGUUGAAGCGCGCAAUAAACGCCAACUCGUUCGUGGAGUGCUCGGCGAAGGAUUACCGCAACGUGGAGCUGGCGAUAGAGGAAGGCGUGCGCGCCUGCCUGAUGGGUGUACCGGAACCGGAGCCGGAAGAUAGUUGGGCCUGCUGCAAGGACGCUCUACGAUGUUUUUAAAGCGAUGCUUGUGCCACAAACGCCACAAUCCAAAAACCAAGCAGGGCCGCGCUAUUGCUCUAUUUAUCUAUUGCUAGUUCUCUCACAAAACCCUUCAUUACCGGGGUGCCCGGUAACGGAACGGGCACGAUUGUAAAAGGCCGCGUACGCGAUAAAGUUCUGAGACACAUUUCGAGUUGUUUCAAUGAA